AUGUAUCCUGGCCCAUUACUGUCUGUGGACGCAAAGGCCCGAAUAAAUUGCCACACAGCGAAGCGGGUCAGGGUCGGGUCUCGAGCUGUUUCAAUGGAAGAGGACGACGGGAGGAGAGAAGCUGCGAUAGCAUCAGCACCAUCUCUACAACCCAAUUUCACCAAUAAAAAUGGUGUCAACAAUGCUCAAAUUUCCAAAUUUCAAGAGUUGCACCAAAGACGCUUAAAAAUAAAAGCAAAAUCUAAGGUCAAGGAUAAAUCAAAAGGAACUCUUGUCUCCACUAAAAAUUAUAAUGGUCAAGAUAUCAAUGCUAAAUGCAAGGAAAUCAUGGAUGGAAAAUCAAUAGAAACAGCUAAAGAUCUGAGAAUUACUUUGUCAAUAAGCAGUACGACGGACCUUUCAUCCUCUCAAGAAGACAACACACUGUCAAAAAAGCGGCAGAAGUUGCAUUGGGGGCUCGACACCAAGGAGAGAUGGGAAAGGAAAUCCAAUAUGUAGAGAUAUCAGCAUCUGAAUAUGGAAUGCUUCUAUCUUGCUAGACAGCUCCAAGGAAGGCAGCGUCUUUGAUCUACAAGUCAUCAUAAUUGGUCUAUUAUGAAUUAAGAUGAUGUCUGACUAAAUCAUCUAAAGCUUGUAAACCCAAGCGUAAGAGUGUGAAGAUGUACAUUGAUUCCUAAGGUUUAUGAGGAGAUGGGAACUAAGCCUCGGCUCAGGUGUAGAGCAAACCAACCAAUUACUGCUAAAUAACUUGAUUCUUAUAAGCUUGGCCCUUUUACUUGUAAAUGCACUUGUUUCAUUUGUUAA